UGAUGAGAAAACUGUGCCCAAACUUCGACCGCGAAGAUGCCCUUGACACCGUCCUCGAGGUCCCCAUACCCGAGGAGAUGUUCGCCAACAUGGGCACCGGCGCCGCCCGGUGGCAGAACAUGAGGACGUGGCUCAAGGCCCAGGCCUUCGACAGGGCCGCCACCGACGCCCCCACCGAGCUCUCCGGCCGCAGCGCCGAGCUCCAGCUCCUCCUAAACGUCGUCGGCUCCCCCCUCAUUCCCUGCCCCGUCCCCAUCGACCGCGCCUUCAGCCGCUCCAUUCGCGAUUCCUCCAUUCAAGCGUCGACGGCCAAGUACAUCAUUCAGCAGUACAUCGCGGCCACUGGAGGGCAAGCGGCGCUAACGUCGGUGAACAGCAUGUACGCCGUGGGGAAGGUGAAGAUGAGCGCGUCGGAGUUCCACGUGGGCGACCAGACCGUGGCCGCCAAGGGCAGCGGCGAGAUCGGCGGGUAUGUCCUGUGGCAGAAGAACCCCGACGUCUGGUACUUCGAGCUCAUCAUGGCCGGCUGCAAGAUGAGCGCCGGCAGCGACGGUAAGGUGGCCUGGAGGCAGUCGGCCUCGGAACAGUCCCACGCGUCGCGAGGCCCUCCACGCCCUCUCCGCCGAUCUCUGCAGGGCCUGGAUCCGAGGUCUACGGCCAACCUCUUUUCCGACGCAGUCUGCAUCGGUGAGAAGAUCAUCAAUGGCGAGGAGUGCUUCAUCCUUAAGCUGGAGGCGAACCCGGCGACCCUCAGAGCUCGCAGCGCCGCCACCUUCGACAUCAUCCACCACAAGAUCUGGGGUUACUUCAGCCAGCGCACUGGCCUUCUCAUCCAGCUCGAGGACACCCAUCUCCUCCGCAUGAAGGCGGGCCGGCGCGGGGAGAGCAUCUUCUGGGAGACCAGCAUGGAGUCCGUUAUCGAGGACUAUCGCUACAUCAACAGCAUCAACAUCGCGCACGCCGGCCGGACCAUGGUGACGCUGUUCAGAUACGGCGAGGGGUCAGUGAACCACAAGAGGAAGAUGGAGGAGUCCUGGACCAUCGAGGAAGUGGACUUCAACCUAUGGGGGCUCUCCACGGAGUGCUUCUUACCACCUGCCAACCUGAAGAAGGAGCAAGAUGGCGACGACAGCCAUGGAGGAUGAGACCAGCCAUGUCUCCCCAUCUUUUUUUGUUAGAGAUUCCGCGCUUUUACUUCUCUUUGCACUCGAAGGUGGUGGUGGUGGUGGUGGAUAGAAGGUAGAGAUUUUGGACGCUUGUCAAGAGAGAGAAAGAGAGAGAAUGGGAAG